UAUAUUACUCUUUCGUUCCCCCAACGUUCAAUUUCCCAUCGAUCUACCAACUAUACUCUUUUCACUAAAACUCGUAAUUUUCCCCAGCUGUUUACAGCCACUUCAUCUUCAUUCUUUGUUUCUCAUUCUUCUCUUCUUCGUCGUUUUCUUCUCUCACCGACAGAUCUUCAUACCUUUUUCAAUUCUUGGCUACCCAUAUCCAUUUCUUGGUAUUUCACAGAUCCUACACUGCACACUUGUUGCAGUGUAUGUAACCACACCUGGGUCGUUUUCCUUUUUUCCAUUUGUAGUGCUAAUUUAAUUGUGGGUAUAAUGGAGUAGUGAAGUUUAGGGUUCAAGAUUUUUUAUUUCGUGAUUGGUUUUAUUGGGGGUGUUGAUGGCGUCCGAGGGUGUGGGUAGUUCUCAAAGCUGGAAAGAUGUGUACAGAGGCAUGUCAUCUGAUAAUAUUAAAGGAUUGGUUCUUGCAUUGUCUUCAAGCAUAUUCAUUGGUGCUAGCUUCAUCGUUAAGAAAAAGGGGUUAAAGAAAGCUGCUGCUUCUGGCGUCAGGGCUGGAGUUGGAGGAUACUCAUAUCUUUUUGAGCCACUUUGGUGGGUGGGCAUGAUAACAAUGAUUGUUGGAGAGGUUGCUAAUUUUGCGGCUUAUGCAUUUGCCCCUGCUAUUCUGGUGACUCCUCUUGGUGCUCUCAGUAUUAUAAUAAGUGCUGUCCUUGCACACGUUAUUUUGCGGGAGAGGCUACAUACGUUUGGAAUUUUAGGUUGUGCUUUAUGUGUUGUUGGUUCCAUCACAAUUGUGUUGCACGCUCCACAAGAACGUGAGAUUGAAUCUGUGACAGAAGUGUGGGAUCUUGCUACUGAGCCAGCUUUUCUCUUCUAUGCUGCUAUGGUGAUAACAACUUCCCUAGUUCUCAUAUUUCACUAUCUUCCACAAUAUGGGCAGACACACAUUAUGUUUUAUAUUGGAGUUUGCUCGCUAGUAGGUUCUUUAUCGGUUAUGAGUGUAAAAGCAAUUGGCAUUGCUUUGAAGUUGACAUUAUCAGGAAUGAAUCAGCUAAUAUAUCCACAGACUUGGGCGUUUACUAUGAUUGUCAUUGUCUGUAUUAUCACCCAAAUGAAUUACUUAAAUAAGGCGCUCGACACAUUUAAUACAGCUGUUGUCUCACCGAUAUACUAUGUCAUGUUUACUUCUUUAACUAUUUUGGCCAGUGUCAUCAUGUUCAAGGACUGGGAUAGGCAAAAUCCAACACAAAUAGUAACAGAAUUGUGUGGGUUUGUGACUAUUCUUUCUGGAACUUUUCUUCUUCACAAAACUAAAGACAUGGUUGAUGGUCCCCCAACGCUACCUGUGCGACUUCCCAAGCACAUGGAUGAGGAGGAUGGUUUUGGACAAGAAGGUAUUCCUUUGAAGCGGCAAGAUUCUUUGAGAUCAUAGGGUGAUAUUUGUGUUCCUCUUUUAUUUUUCUUGGCCUCCCUCCUUUUCCUCUCUUUUCUUUUCACCUGGUACAGGAAACCGUUUUUACCACCCAAAUUCAUCUGCUCAAUUCUUCUUCUUCUCCCAAGAAGAGACCACACCAAUUGUAUUCUAUGGACUGCUUUUUGUUAUAUGUAGUGAAGAGUAACAAGCGGUUUUCUACCAAGGCCAUGAAAAUCUACAGAACUAUGCAAUUGUAGUGAUUACACUCUGCCAGUUAGUAAUAUGUACUUAUA